CACGGGAUGGCAGUGACGACAAAAGAAGGGGCUGGUUGGGAGUGGGUUCACCACAAUCAGUGACUUUGACAGAUGCCAGCAUGGAUCUAGGACCUCUGACUUCAGAGCCAACUUGGCAAGACAUCCAGACUUUCUACAAUAACAAUGGCUCUAGUUUGGUGAUUAAGGACCUCUUCGAGCAGGACUCGAGCCGGUUUAGCAAAUUCAGCUUGAAAUUGAGCACGCCCAACGAUGGAGACAUUCUUAUUGAUUAUUCGAAGAACAGGAUUAAUGACGAGGUGCUCAAGAAGUUGCUCGCUUUGGCGAAGGCGCGCAAGGUGGAGGAAGCCCGCGAUGCGAUGUUUUCAGGGGCGAAGAUAAAUUUUACGGAGAAUAGGGCUGUGCUUCACACCGCUUUGCGAAACAGGGAAAACAGGAAGAUUCUGGUUGACGGGAAAGAUGUGUCGGGGGAUGUUAAUGCGGUGCUCGAGCACAUGAAGCAGUUCACCAACGAGGUGCUGAGCGGGAAGUGGAAGGGAUAUACCGGGAAGCCCAUAACAGACGUGGUCAACAUCGGCAUCGGGGGCUCCGACUUGGGCCCCCUCAUGGUGACCGAAGCCCUGCGCGCCUUCGGCCGCGGUCUCCGCAUGCACUUCGUGUCCAACAUCGACGGAACCCACUUGGCCGAAGUCUUGAACAAGCUGGACCCUGAAACCGUCCUGUUCAUCAUCGCAUCCAAGACCUUCACCACCCAGGAGACCAUCACCAACGCGACCUCCGCCAAACAGUGGUUCCUAAACUCCGCGAAAGACCCCUCUGCAGUGGCCAAACACUUCGUCGCUUUGAGCACUAACGCCCCCAAGGUUCAAGAGUUCGGCAUCGACACGGCGAACAUGUUCGAGUUCUGGGACUGGGUAGGCGGUCGGUACUCGCUCUGGUCGGCCAUCGGUCUGAGUAUCUCGCUGGCCAUAGGGUUCGAGAACUUCCUACAGUUGUUGGAAGGGGCCCAGUUUUUGGACAGGCACUUCAGGACGGCUCCGUUGGAACAGAACGCGCCGGUUAUUUUGGCUCUUGUGGGGAUUUGGUACCACAAUUUCUACGGUGCGGAGACGCACGCGCUGCUCCCGUAUGACCAGUACCUGCACCGCUUCGCCGCCUACUUCCAACAAGGAGAUAUGGAGAGCAACGGCAAAUACGUGACCCGAGCCGGGAAGACCGUGGACUACACCACAGGUCCUAUAGUUUGGGGCGAACCCGGGACCAACGGCCAGCACGCCUUCUACCAAUUAAUUCAUCAAGGAACGCGGCUCAUCCCUUGCGACUUCAUAGCUCCCGCCCAGACCCACAACCCCAUCAAUAAUGGAGUCCAUCAUAAAAUAUUACUGGCUAAUUUCUUGGCGCAGACUGAAGCGCUUAUGACUGGAAAGACCGCCGAGCAGGCGAAGGCGGAGUUGGAGAAGCAGGGUCUGCAAGGAGAGGCUUUGGAGAAGAUCCUGCCGCAUAAGGUAUUUGAAGGGAACCGCCCGACGAAUAGCAUCGUGGUCAAAAAGGUGACCCCGUUUACCUUGGGAGUUCUGAUUGCGUUGUAUGAACACAAGAUUUUCACUCAGGGGGUGAUUUGGAACAUAAAUUCGUUUGACCAAUGGGGAGUGGAGCUGGGUAAACAACUGGCGAAAGCUAUAGAGCCAGAAUUGCAAAAUAACACACCCGUUUCAUCCCAUGACUCUUCGACCAACGGACUUAUUAAUUUUAUCAAAGCCAAUAUGUAGGGGGCGACUUGUCCUUGAAUACUGACAUAGGUGCUAGGGAAAUGAAUGUAUACUGUAUAUGUUUUUAUUAAAAAGCGGCGAAAACUAAA